UGCGUGGUUUGAAACCGUGAGCGGAAAUCCGUCAUUCUCUCGUAGUCGACCUUCUUAGUAAGGAGUGAGUUGCCAUCCGCAUCAUUGUUCUCUUGAGCGGCGGUCUGUUGUGUGAGUAUGGCGCGUUAUAUCGACCACCUUGCGAGUAUCGACGUUAGAUUAGUUUGUAUUGACUUCGACCAGACACUCGUCGACGUGCACACGGAGGGUAAAUGGACGGACACGGCCGAUAAGCUCGCCAAACGAGUGCGACCGCGUCUCAAAGAACUGAUAGAGGAUGGUUUGAAAAGGGACUUCAAGUUGGCCAUCGUAACUCAAUCCAGUCAGACUGACUUGAUUCGUAAAGUUCUCAAGAAAUGCGUGAAGCAGGACACGAGCAAGAUAAUUAUCCGCGGCCAGGACAAGACGUGGGACAAGAUAGAGGGCGUUGCGCGAGGAGGAAAGCAGCAACACAUCGCGUCGGUCAUGAAGGAACUUGAAGGCAAUCGUCACCUGGCGCUAGAGCCUAGACAAGUUCUUCUUAUCGACGACGACUCGUACAAUACAGGAGUAGCCAUGUGUUUCGGUAUGAGAGCGCUGACGUUCGAAAACGAGGAAUGCUUGGGAAAGAUAUUGAAAUUAGUCAAAGAACAGGCGUCUGCCGACUAGGCUCGAGCUCUAGAGUUUUAUUGCGUGUCUGAUGCAUUAGUGAGUGAGUGACCUUGAUGUGGUUGCUUAGUCUACAUACCGGUGGGUAGCGUUGUAGUGACUCUGUAAGAGACAGUAUGUGUCCGCUUGGGAUUCUGUACAUAAUCAUUCCGGAAUUAAUUAAUAAAACAGUGUUACAGG